AUGAUUGUGGGAAGCUGCCAGGCUGGGAUCUUAUCUGCUCGAGAGCCGUUCGUUUUUAUCGCUCCGGAAAACGAUGCGGGUAAUACACAGUUAUGCGAAUCAACUCCGGUUCUGUCUCCCAGCGCUGCAUCUUUGCUUUCAGCUGAAGUUACCGAGACAACCACGCAGGCGUUAAAAACCACUACCGAAAGGGAGCUGCUUGCCCCAACCAAACCAGACUCGGAUGCUUCGAAGCGCUCCACACCAGUGAUUCGAUCUCAUUCGCUUUCGGCCCGUGCAUUGCCGGAAGCUCUUCGCAUGGGUCUGAGUUCUUCUCGGGUUGAUCCCACGAUGCUUAGUCGUUUGUUGGAUUGGCGUACACGACCCGCUCCCGUCGCUCCGACUACUCCAGGCACGACGCAUACUCAACCGCCAGCUGCACCAUCGUCUUCCAAAUCACCACUGUUUCCUCGUGUUACUUAUCCUGGUUCAUCCGGACUGACUACUGGUGAUGCCAGUUCGGUUGGUGCUGUGUUUGAUCUGUCUACUGUGUUCCGGUCCCAAGUCGUCCAGCCAUCGUUAGUAGCUGAUAUUGCCACAGUACGAGCCAUUCGCGGUGUAAAAACGGAUAUCGGUUUGGCCCGUGCUUUUGUACGUUUGGCAUUGGAGAAAAAGUUACUGUCGGCUCAUCUUACGCGUUUGCUAAUGGAUGUGAAAUUGUUGAGGCGGUUAUAUUCUCGCUAUGCGUUUCUGAGAUGUGAAGAAGAGCGGGAACAGUUCCUGGUGCACUUACUAUCGCUAAAUGCAGUGGACUAUUACUCGUUUACUCGCAUGCUACCUCAAGCUGAUUUGAUCUACCAGGUAUUCAUUUGUACCAGUCGUAAACAUGGAUUCGCGACUACAGCGAAUAUGUGGAUUCGUUUACACGGUCAUCUGGGGUCCACCCGACCGAUUGCGUUGCCUCGUGGACGGAAUUUAAUCACUAUCCGGAUUGAUUCCAGCUGUGUCAAACAGUACGUUGUGUUUUGGGGUCACGAUCCGAUGGCUCCAUCAUUUCCUUGCUGUCGCUGGAUCGGUCGGGGCAUUGAGGAUGACGCGUUGGAACGCAUCCUGGUCGGUCAUUUAGUUCGUUUAGCCCCCAAUGAUCCGAAGCUUAUUUUCACCGCCAUGGCCUCAGAUCCCGGGGAUGGCGUGUGCAAGCUUCCUAAUCGUUGUCAGUCGCCUGCUGCUUAUCGGCGCUCGUUUGAUUCACAACGCGUUGCUGGAUUAUUCGCCUCUGAGUUGGGUUUGUCUCUCCCAACUCAGUCAACUCCUCCAUCCCCAAAAGUGGGCCUAGAUGAUCCGGGCUCCUAUGCCACAAACAGUCUUCCCCGUCCCCCACGUAAUCGAUAUCCACCAGGGUUGGGAUCAUUCACACCAAAAAUGAUGCACCCGUCGCCAUCAUUCUCUGCGGUCCAGGGUCAGAGUGUCCGUGAACAGUUGGCUUGGUACUUGCGUCGAGAGUCCGAACGUCCGGGUUAUGCUUUCUCGCAGCCGAACUCUCCAUCCACCAGCCGAUUGUACUCUUCCCCUGCAUUAUAUCAGCUACCUCCCCAUGAAGCGAAUAUGACUACUGCUGCUGCUUACUCGGCAAUGCAGGCGAAUCGUAUUUGCGUCGCCUCUAUGAGACAGAGUUUAAUAGAUUUCGUCACGCAUGUGCAACAGGUUGCGCGACUGGGUGCCACUCUGGGCAAAGAAGGUCGAUUCCAACUUCUCAUGUGCCGUGGUAUUCGCGAGCAUCUACUGGUCUCUUGGUUCUCAUUACUCGCUGUCAGUCCAAUUACCAGUCAGAUGUAUGAAAGCAAAAGCUUCUUCCUUAAUCACGAUCUUCGUCAAGCAAUACAGCAACUGUUAGCUGCACUGGAUGAGUUUGAACUGCCCAUGGAAUCUGUGUUGCUUCGUGAGGCCUAG